AUGACGUUAAGGCUGAUUAUAGUGAUAUGCGUAUUACAAGUGAUCACAUCGGUAAUUUGCAGUGACUACAGAAAUAAUUACACGCGGAUUAAAAGGGCGAAAUAUUAUUCUAAUCCACCGCCGAGAUUUUAUAAACUGCCGCCGCCACCUCAACUAGUACGAACUCCAUUUUCUUACACGCCACCCCCUGAAUACAUGGACGGGGAUCACCCCGCCCGAAAACCUGUUAAGGUAAAUAAAAACAAGGAAGGUUUAGGCGAUGAAGAUUUUAAAAAUCUCAUAAAACAUCUAUCGAAACAGGAUUUUGAUAGGAUACUCGAAUUGGCAGCGGAAAAAGACAGAUAUUCGAGACCCUUCGAAAAGAGACCGAGUAACGCCUAUAAUAGUGAGCAGGACUUUCAAUUAAACAAAGCGAUUCAGUUCCCCGAUAGUGACCAAGUAAUCCACAUAGAUGAUACGCCACCAAGCAACUUCGUUCAAAUCAAAUCCACUAACAACAUAGGAAGGGAUCCAUACGUUAAGCCUGAUAUCAGUCCAUACCUAAGUCCAGAAGAAUCUCAUCAAAAUGAACAAAUUUCAUACUUAAAUGGAGUUAUUGAACAAGAAUUUAAUCCUGACGUUAUAAAUCAUGAACCAAACAGUGACUCAAAUAGCCAUACAUUAUAUACAAACAGUGACACAAUGAAAGAAGAAAGAUUACCGAAGCCUGAUAAUUUAAGAGACGUUGCUGAUUUCGAAAUUUCAUACACAAAUAAUGUGCCUACGAUUGUAAAAUCAAGCUCAUAUAAAUUAGAAAACUUUGCAAAUUUGCCCUUAAUGAAUUACGAAAACUCCAAAUUAGAACGUGUUAACUCCUACAACGUUCCACAUUACACGGUAACUUCAUCCAGAAACCAACAGCCUCAGUCACUAUCAGUAUCGUCAUCAUUUUCAUCACCCGUACAACCAGCACCUCCAAAAUCAUUAGCAGCAGAGCAGAGCGAUGCCCAUCUCAAAGCUACCAAGAUCUGGACUCAUAAAUCUACAGGAACAGCCUAUAUCCUUCACGAUGAUGGAACCCUGUCUUUGGAGAGACCAAUUAGACCGAAACGAAAGUUUUAA